GUGCAACAGCGAACAGACUGUACAAGGUGGUUGGAUUGAGCGGGAGUUGACUCAGGGAUUUACCAGAGAUGUUGUCCCCUCAUCGGAGAUGGCUCCAGAACGAGCCUCUCAGCCUUCUCUCCUGGUGCGUGCAGAGAAAAUUGUGCAAAAAGCAUCACCUUUUGUGGCUAUUGCUCAUCCUGUUUGUGGUCUUCAUUGCCAUUCAGUUGGUAGCCCGGCAAGCCAGGUAUGAUGAGGUCCCAAACGUGAAAUACCCUACUGAGAGUGAGCACAUGUUCCCGCCUCUGCGAAAUGCCUGGCCGGGCCUCCAUACUCAAUCAACACUGCCAGAAAUGCAGGAUAUGAUAUCAGCACCGACAGAAAGAAAUGCAAACCAUCUUUAUCAGAAUAUGCAAAACGGAAACCCAGAAACUGAUCUCAAGCCAAAAUAUAUGGAUACAACCAUCUCCCAUUCCACAGGCUCUCAGACCAAGGGUCUUAUACCCGGAUCAUCUUUUCCGUUGGAUCAUCUAAACAAACUGAAAAGUCGACUUCUUGAAUUUUUGGCUCGAGAGAGUGACGGAAAGAGUUUGCUAGCUGGCAAAUAUAGUAACCACUCCAACGCCCACUGUCCAUCAAAUGGAGUCCAAGAAAAGACAACUGUUUACACAGAAAGGAAGUGUCUGCCAAAGUCACACAUUGUAUUCCUCAAGACGCACAAGACGGCAAGCAGCACAAUUCUAAACAUCCUUUACCGCUAUGGGGAAAGUAGAAACUUGACCUUCGCACUUCCCCUAAACAAACAAAAACAGCUCUUUUACCCUUACUUCUUUGCUUCACAUUUUGUGGAAGGUGUCAGCAGCAGAAACGUCAAGGAGUUUCACAUCAUGUGCAAUCAUAUGAGGUUUAGAAAAGCUGAGGUGGCAAAGGUGAUGCCUGCGGAUGCAUUCUACUUCUCCAUCAUAAGGAAUCCAGUGGCUAUGAUGGAGUCCGUCUUCAUUUACUACAAAAGCAUUCCCGCCUUCCAAAAGACUCAAAGCCUGGAUGACUUCCUCGACAAUAGAGCCCCAAACUACAUCUCAUCAGCCAUCAACAACCAAUAUGCUCACAAUAUUUUGGCCUUUGACUUUGGCUUCGACAACAAUGUUACCGCAGAUUCUGAAGACCUUGUGGAAAGAACGAACAGGUCUAUUGCUGCCAUUGAACGGGACUUCCAGCUCAUUCUUAUUUUGGAAUACUUUGAAGAGUCUAUGAUCUUGCUCAAACACAGCCUUUGCUGGACCCUGGAGGACGUGGUAUCCUUUAAGAUGAACAGCCGCAGUGAACGCACGCGUUGCCCACCUUUACCUUCAACUGCAGAAAAAAUCAAGAGGUGGAAUGCUCUUGACUGGAGAAUCUACAUGCAUUUCAACAAGUCUUUUUGGCAAAAAGUGGAAACUCUUAUUGGACGAGAGCAGAUAGAAGUUGAAGUUGCUGAGCUGAAGAGAUUACAGGCUAAAUUAGCGAAGAUCUGUCUCAAGGAUGGCGGGCCUGUUGACCCGCUCCAGGUAAAAGAAGUGAGACUAAAGCCAUUCCAGUAUGGAGCGGCGGUCAUCCAGGGCUACAACCUCAAUCCGCAUAUUGAAGCUGCACAAACCAAAAUGAAAUGUGAGAGGCUAAUAACACCAGAGAUGCAAUACACAGAUAGUCUCUACAACCAGCAGUUCCCCGAGUUAGCGGCUAAGCAACGAAGAGCAAGGGCUGCCAUACAAAGUCAGCGCUCGGAAAGAAGAGAAUUGGCAGGUAGACCCUUGAAAAGGAAAGCUCAAGACAGGCACACAACUUAUCUACGCGUCAAGAACCUGAAGGUCGACAAAACAACCCGCUGAUCACACACUGUAAUAUAUUGUGUGACUAUCUGGGAUGGACUGAGGAAUGCACUUAAA